UUCGGUUGAAGCAUCGCCCAGUCUGUGGUUUUACUGCCAAAGCAGCGACGGUUAUAUUUUUAUUUACAUGAACAGUAAAUCCUAAACGGCGCUUCUUGCGAACAAGUUGAUCGAAAAACGCACCCAAGCGCAGGCUGAUAAUGGAGUCGUAUGAUAUUAUAGCCAACCAGCCGGUUGUAAUUGAUAAUGGUUCUGGUGUUAUUAAGGCUGGCUUUGCAGGAGAUCAGAUCCCCAAAUACUGUUUCCCAAAUUAUGUUGGGCGACCCAAACAUGUUCGGGUGAUGGCUGGUGCCCUUGAGGGUGAUCUCUUUAUUGGACCUAAAGCAGAGGAACAUAGGGGACUGCUGUCUGUGCGGUAUCCUAUGGAACACGGUAUUGUGAAGGACUGGAAUGAUAUGGAGCGCAUCUGGCAGUACGUGUACUCAAAGGAACAGCUGCAGACCUUCUCUGAGGAGCAUCCUGUACUACUGACUGAAGCACCACUGAACCCCAGUAAAAACCGUGAACGGGCGGCAGAGGUUUUCUUUGAGACAUUCAACGUACCAGCGCUGUUCAUUUCCAUGCAGGCAGUGCUCAGUUUAUAUGCCACAGGCAGAACCACGGGUGUGGUCCUGGACGCUGGUGAUGGGGUGACACACGCUGUCCCCAUAUACGAAGGAUUCGCUAUCCCACAUUCCAUCAUGCGAGUGGAUAUUGCUGGACGUGACGUCUCCCGAUACCUCCGCCUGCUUCUGCGCAAGGAAGGCUAUGAUUUCCACACUUCCGCAGAGUUUGAGGUGGUGCGCACCAUCAAAGAGAGAGCCUGCUACCUUUCCCUCAACCCUCAGAAGGAUGAAACUUUAGAAACAGAAAAAGCACAAUACACUCUUCCUGAUGGAAGCACUUUAGAUAUUGGCCCAGCAAGGUUCAGGGCUCCUGAGCUUCUUUUCAGGCCUGAUUUAAUUGGAGAUGAGAGUGAGGGCAUUCAUGAGGUGUUGGCUUUCGCCAUUCAGAAGUCAGACAUGGAUCUGCGACGCACCCUUUUCUCAAACAUAGUGCUGUCUGGUGGCUCAACACUCCUCAAAGGUUUUGGAGACAGGUUGUUAAGUGAAGUGAAGAAACUUGCACCAAAAGAUGUUAAAAUUAAGAUAUCGGCGCCACAGGAGAGACUUUAUUCCACAUGGAUAGGGGGAUCAAUCCUAGCAUCACUCGACACCUUUAAGAAGAUGUGGGUCUCCAAGAAGGAAUACGAGGAAGACCGCGCCCGUGCCAUCCACAGGAAGACAUUUUAAAUGGGAGCAAAGGGCACCAGCCUUCCUCUUCUCUGCGGUUUCACUUCCCUCUCCUCUCUCGCUUGGCCUCCUUCUGUUCUCCCCCACCCACCCCCCACCUGUCCCGUCAGGGAACCCCACCUGGUCUCCCAUCUGCAGCCAGGCAUGCCUUCUAUGUCCCCUUCCCAGCUCUCAUAUGGACACCCACCAGGAGUGGAGCAGGGUUUGGCCAGGCAUUCCUAGCCCAUUCUGCACCCAUUUAUGCCCAUCAGACAAAGAAAACGGCUUUUCAGGGCAUCAGUCAAUACUGUUAACUAUUGUUUAAUUGGAAGCUAAUGCUUAAAAACAGUGCUUAAAUAUUUAUUACACUAUUUUCCCUGUCCUCUAUGAUAUUGUCAUAUCUAUUCUAAUGAAACAUGAAGGUGAAUGUUUUACUCUGUUGAAAGAAUUUCAUUCCAAAACUGAAGAGAUCUGUAAUUUUCUUUGAUGUCACAAGUAGAUGACAUCAUGUGGAUGUCUAUAGUCAAAUUCAAGAUAGUAUUUUUUUAUCCUCUGUCAUUUGACUUUGCUGGUUAUUGUUUUUGGGGUGUUAAUGACAAAGAUAAACAAUAGAUAAAGGCAUCGCUCACCACUACAACAAUUUACUGUACUGGACACUACUGUGUCUGCUGUCAGUGUCCUCCCUUGAUUGUGUCAAGUCUGAAACCACUCAAGCUCAAGGGAACUAAAUCAUGUACACUUAAAUACGAAGUACACGGUAGGUAGCUAGAUUUAUAGCUGCUUGAAAUUUCGACAAGUGUUAUUCUUAGUAUACAGCACAUGUAAACGUGGAAUCAUCUGUUUAUGCAAGGACCGAGUGUAUUGACUGUGUUGGGGUUGUACUGUCUUAUUGUUUCUACGUUGCUUUCCUGGAAUUACGUUUUUCAGUUGAUCAGGUUUAAGUUAUAGAGCGUAACUGUUGUUUCAUCUGUUAUAGCUCAAGUUUACCGCACAGAUAUCGACUUGAUGCAAGUGUUAGCCCUUUUUGAGUCGAUUUAGCUGAAACAAAUCGGUCCAAAAAACCUAUUAAUCUAGUUCUCAUUCUGUUAUUUCAGCAAAUAGAGCAGUUGACUGAAGCUUUAAUGAAAUCAAGUAAGUUUCUCUGAAUUUAUUAGGGUUUUAUGUUGCCAUAAAUGUCAUCGUUGUGGCACUGUCCCGUAAAUUCCAGAUUAGUGCAUGAAAUCAACCAAAUGACUGAGAUUGUGUGUUGCAAUGUAAAAUCUCAUCUCAUGUGGAUGUAUAAGGCAGGGGGUGGCCAAAUGGAUUUAGAAGCUGAUGGCUCUUCUGGCACUAGUAUUUCCUUAGUGUUUGCUGAAAGAUGACUCUAAUGGGAUGGGGUAGCAGGGUUGCGUUUGAGUCCAAUUUGUCCAACCUAAGAUUCGCCUUACUCCAGUGUCAUCAUUGGAAAGUCAGAGCAUCUUGUUUUUUUUUUAAGAUAUAGAAAAAAAAUCAUAAACCUUGUGUACAAUGGAUUGCUAUUCAAAAAUGUAAAAAAAUUACAAAUAAAUUAAUAAACAACAAAAAGGACUAAAAUGUAUAAACCCAUUUCUUCAAUUGUUGCAUUUUCUUUUAAUUUUGUAAAUUCAGUAUGAUAAAUAAAUUCAA